AUGCCACGGAAACAUAAUAAACGCCCGCUUUCUUUGACUAUGCAUGUGCCAGAGCACAUAUCAGUCACCGGUCAAGCAUUAAGUAUUGGCAGAACGUUGGAACCAGAGGUAACGGAUCAAGAACGUGCAGUUACAAUGAUGAACGUGCCUGACCGUAUCGUGUUAACUGGUGGCAACAGCUAUCAAGGAUUCGCUUCCCAGCCAACGGAUUUUAUGGAGGACCCUUCACUAUCUUCUAACGAGAACUGCUUGUUGAAUGUACCACCUUCAAUAACCCUUGCUGACAUACCUGCCCCUGAUUCAGGCGACGAAUACAAUGCUGGUGAUGAAUCGGCUCGAUGUGACAGCUCGAUGGCAGUCGAUGAAAAUCCUAUACGAGAGCUCAAGAUCAUGCGACGACAAAUUGGAGGACUUUCAUCCAGACUUUAUCAAUUAGAGGACGAAGUCCAUAAAUACAGAUCCAAAGAAAAGCAGCACAUCAAUGUCUUGAGAAGAAGUCCUGUCAGUCUUCAAAGCAUGGUUUGCGUGCGGGCUCUGUCGAUCUUUACUAGACGGCUCUUGUCAGAUGCAGUCGAUGUGAACAAGGCAGUUCUCAAGUUAGGCUCUUUACGCGUUCCGAUAAAAGAGACUAGUCGGCCUGAGUUGGUUCCUGCACGAUUCAGCGCGUUUGAAGUUCAAACUCCUGAUGAAGCGUUGAGCCAUUUGAAGUGGUUGCUGCAGAAAGAGAUUUUGGGUCAAGACGUGUUUCUAAUCGGAGUUCCGGGUGCGCUACGCUCUGACAUUGUCUUGCAGUAUUUGGAGUUGUGCAAUCGUGAAUAUGAGUAUCUCGCAAUUACAAGAGACACAACAGAGAGCGACAUCAAGCAAAGGCGAGAGAUUCGUAGUGGCACCGCAUUUUACACCGAUCUUUGCGCCGUUCGGGCAGCACUGCAAGGACGGAUCUUAGUAAUUGACGGUGUGGAAAAAGCAGAGCGCAACGUGCUGCCAAUCUUGAACAACCUCUUGGAGAAUAGGGAAAUGCAACUUGACGACGGCCGUUUCCUUAUGCGACCUGACAAGUACGACAAGCUCACAAGUAACUACAAUGUGAAGGAACUCAAAGAUAUGGGUAUUGAACGAGUUUCCGAGCGUUUCCACGUAAUCGCACUUGGGCUUCCCGUUCCGAGAUUCCAUGGCAAUUCGCUCGAUCCUCCUCUACGGUCCAGGUUCCAGUGUCGCAAUGUUACUGAGCCAUCUUUCGAGAGUGUUCGACGUCUUUGCACCGCUCUGGCACCAAACGUGAGCUCAAAUUCGAUUAACGAUCUGCUGUCACUCAUGUACGCUAUAAACUCGCAACCAGACCUAGGUCUUUCCCUUGUCCCAGUGGAAAAAGCUGAAAGAAUAAUGAAGAUAUGGAACAUCAAUCCACUAUAUACUCCUGAGUACAUGUUCAACCUAAUGUACCCAUACAAGAGCAUGUUCAAAGACCAUCAGGUCAAGGUCGCAGAAGAAUUCAUUCAAAAAUUUCUCACCGAGGAAAACAAUUCUCAUGGCCCGAGUGCAGUUAUAACUCAAGUGAAUUCUUCGGCUGAGGGAGGGUCCACGUCUAUAGAAGUGGAGCAUUCUGGAAAAAAACGGACUUUCUUGACAGAUGUGAACGGAAAACCUUCGGCCGAAGAUCGCGGCUUCGUUUCUACACUUAAGCAGGAAACUUUGCUUGCUGACCUUGCAAUUGCACAUUCUCAAGGAGACUUUGCAUUAUUAGGAGCAAAAGGAUCAGGGAAGACAAAGCUGAUUGCUGAAUUAGCCGCUCGAUUAGGGUUUAGCACUGAAACAAUGAUAUUGUAUCAGGAUAUGAACGCACGAGAAUUGCUUCAACGGCGUCGCAUGCUGGAUAACGGGGAUACGCUGUGGGAGGACAGCCAGUUGGUUGCAGCAGCAAAGCGUGGAGACGUUUGCAUUCUUGAUGGGGCGGAAAGAGUGCAUUGGAGCGCUUUGGAGUCAUUGGCAAGCCUUUGUUACCAUCGCACAUUGUUUCUUCCAGACGGAAGUCGUUUAGUGGGUUCUGAUGAAUUCGACAACAUUCAGGAAAAAACAGGAAAUGACGAAGCACAUUUGAACACGCGUGGAGUGUUUCGAAUACCGAAGUCGUUCCGUCUUGUUCUCAUUGGAAGCUCUUCUUUGUCUGAGAACAAAUGGUUGAAUGAAACGGUCAUCAGUCUCAUGCCAUUUCUGACGAUGCAGAGGCUCAGCAUUGAGGACCACUGUACCAUACUCCAAGGCAUGGUUCCUGCCGAAGCGAGUGAAACUACUAGAAAGUUGGUAGAAUUUGUCGAGAACCUACAGUCAUCCGGAGAUGCAGGCCUUCGUGGUGUUGCUGAAUCGCUUUCAAUCCGAAAACUAAUCCACAUUGCUAAACGAGAUUGUCUGCAUUCAGGAGAGCUUCGAGAUCUAAUUGAAAAGGCUGCGUUAGCAAGAUUUCUUCCCUCUGUCACACGAUUAUCAUUUUAUACUGAACUUGAUAAAGCGGGAUUCUUGAGGGAUUCUUCAAACUCGGCUGAAUUUGUCGACGACAUCAAAUAUCUUUUGGAUCAGAAUGCUGUGGAGGACAAAAAGGAAACAAUGAUACCAGAUGUUUUGUUUUAUGAAAACGACCAGCAUAUGAGUGUUAUUCGGGACAUGGCACGUGACAUGAGGUUGGGAGCACAUCUUCUGCUAAUAGGAAAUCAAGGUGUUGGAAAGAACAAGAUUACGGACCGUUUCCUUCAUCUCAUUCAACGACCUCGGCAAUACAUGCAGCUGCACAGGGAUACGACUGUGGAAUCGCUAACAAUGCAGACUACAGUAGAAAGUGGUAUUUUGCGUUAUGAGGACUCCGCUCUUGUACGAGCCGCUCGAGCAGGACAUGUACUUGUCAUUGAUGAAGCAGAUAAGGCUCCUCUACAUGUUAUCGCCAUCCUGAAGAGUCUUCUUGAUUCCGGAACACUUUUGCUGGGCGAUGGAAGACGAAUACAGCCAGCUUCAGCUCCUCCUAGUGAACGCAGCAUUCCGUUGCAUCCCGACUUCAGGAUAAUUAUGCUGGCUAAUAGGCCCGGAUUUCCUUUUCUUGGCAACGACUUAUUCGGCUUGCUUGGUGAUCUUUUCUCUGUACACACUGUUGAUAAUCCUAGUCGAGACAGUGAACUGGAAAUGCUCAAAAAAUAUGCUCCUAAGGUCGAGGAUGGCAUACUCCUAAAACUGAUGGCAGCAUUUACUGAGCUGCGGGAGAUGGCAGAUGAAGGCUUAUUACAGUAUCCAUACUCUACAAGGGAGCUCGUUAACAUUGUCAAACAUAUUAAUCAAUUUCCAAACGAUUCUCUCAGUACGGUUAUACGAAAUGUUUUUGAUUUCGAUGCGUUCACCUCAGAUGCAAUCACAACUAUCCAAAGCGUGUUUCAGAAGCAUGGCAUUAUGUUCGGUGUUGAAAGACCGAGGGAGUCCAUCUUUAUGUCGCAUCGCUUUCCUCUCGAGCCGUCUUUGUCGGUCGGUGAAUGGGGCAUCCUCGAUAAUGUCGUUCCAGCGGAUCUUAAAACAAACGUUGUUUCGUUUAAUGUCAAGGAGUGCGCCUGGCAGAUACCAAUGCUCGAUGUGAACAUAUGCUCAGAUGGUCUGGUGAUGGGAAAUUCCUUACUGGUCGCAACUGUGAAUCCUACACGAAUUUACCUCAUUAACGACUUGGAUUUAGCUGAAGAGGUUUAUGAGAUCGACAUCUCCUCAUUGCUUUCGCGAAAGAAAAAGCUGAAGUACGAGCCCAGACUCAAACUGGCUAAAUAUGGUGAAGGAAUGUUUUUGGUCCAUGAAGAAGUAUCUGGCUCACUUUGCAUGGUUAACUUGAAGAGAAACACGAUACAGCGUAUCGAACUUGGGCAAUCUCCCCUGUUGAAUUUGGCAAGUAUGUUUGGAAAAGCGGAGUACCGUCUUGUUCAAGGGGCUUGUCCUCUGCUUUACACGCGUGAUGGUCGUCAGAUUUUCCACUUCGGUCCUGAAGGCUUCGUCACUCAUAUGGAGUUAGGAAGUGAAAUAAGCCAGAUCUUCUCAAUUGACAGUGACAAAAUUCUUGCGAAAAUGAAGAGUGGCCAUUACGAUCUUCUGUGCCACGAAUCUGGCCAGUGGAAGGCUCGACCUGUUCGUGCAGAUUUUGGAAAGGCUCUUGAUAUCGAUAGUUUACGUGUCCUAAAUGGCGCUGUAUUCUUGUCAGCUGAAGGCUACCAUUUUCUAAAAAGCUCUGCAUUUCCACUUCUUUUGAGUGCUACAGACGUCGUUGGAAGCGUCAGACCAACUCCACCUAACGUCGUGGACGCUAGAAGACCAUACUAUUUGGCAGACGAUGUAACUAAGAAAUUCAUCGAUCCUGAUCGAAAUUUCAUAGUCUUACGGGACGGCGUUCUCGUCAAAGCUCAGCCCAAAUGGAAAGUGCCUAAGGAUGUCGUAGGCGAAGAAGCACUCAGCGCCCACCGAAUUGGAGGUUUCCUGGAAGCUGUGAACGCAGAUGGUGGUUUUGUGCAAUAUAUUCCUGUUCCUGAACCUUACUAUCACAGCUAUCAUGGCUCAUGGUGUGCUACAAUCUCUCAAACUCCGUUCAUUAUGGUUCCAUAUAGUGACGAAAGGAUGCUUACCAUUGAUACAAGUGGUGGCAUACGUUCUUUCGAACUUUCUCCGACUACGUUGCGGAAGGCAUUCCGAGAGUGGAAUCGCAUAGUAGGGGGAGAGGAGGACGACGACCUACGAAUAGAAUUCGAACGUGACUCUGAUGCUUUCGACAUUUCGAAGUUGAACGAUCCCAAAGUUGGGAAAUUCGAUCCCAAAAAUACUCCGCAUCAUGGAGGAGACACGUGGAUGGGAGGAACAGGAGGAUACAAUACAGCUGGUUUGGGAGGAGUGGGUGGUCCAUUCAGAUUCGACGCAGGUCACGAUGUAUAUCAAAUGCCCGAUUCAGCCAAGAAACAAGUACCUGAAUAUAUCUUGAAGAAAGCUAGACAAGUAGCUAGAACGGAGUAUCAAAAGAAGCUGAAGGAGAUCGAAAUGUCGGAGUAUGACGCUGAUGCGUAUAUGUCUCUUUGGAACAAAAUCGAAAAACAUUCGAAUCAUCUACGGUCGAUCAUCGAACAAUUAGAGGCGAAAAAGAAGGAGCGCCAGUGGGCACGACACCAAACAUCUGGAGAUUUAGAUGAUGGAAAACUUAUAGAAGGAGUCACUGGAGAGCGAAAUAUAUACAGGCGUCGCCUUGAUAAGAAGCCAGAACCUGGAGCACCGCAGCUGAAGCCGAAACGGAUGCGCUUAUGUUUUGACGUGUCUGGAUCAAUGUACAGAUUUAAUGGACACGAUAAGCGACUACAGAAAUCCCUCGAAGCCGCUCUAAUGGUCAUGACAUCGUUCGAUGGAAAGCAGGAAAAAGUUGCCUACGACCUCACGGGACAUUCGGGAGAUGGACCAUGCAUUGGAUUUAUCACCAAAGGAAAAUAUCCAAAGAACAACAAGGAACGUUUGGAUAUACUGCAUCAGAUGCUGAUACAUACUCAGUACUGUACAAGCGGCGACUAUACGCUUGAAGGUCUUGAUGAAGCUAUCAAGACUUUGAGUAAGGAGAAGGACUGCGACGAAAGAAUCGUCGUUCUGGUCUCGGACGCAAAUUUGGAUAGAUAUGGAAUAUCGCCGAAAGACAUUGUGAAGAUCAUGAAUAAGGAUGAGACAGUUAACUCUUUCGUGAUUCUCAUUGGAUCGCUCGGACUGCAAGCUCAGAAAAUACAGUCUUCUCUUCCCGUAGGCAAGGCUUUCGUUUGUGAAAAUACCUCGGAUCUUCCGAAAAUCAUGCAGAAUAUUUUUACAUCUACACUCGGGUAG